AUGGCGUCCGCUCCACAGUGCGAGAAUGUUACUCAAACGCAAAGGAACAACGAGAUGGGAGACACAAACAUAUCCAAGUCCUCAGAUCACAACGAUGAAUCUGAUUUACGCCAGUGCUGGGUGUGCGGUGAGAAAUCAUCUACCUACCAUUACGGUGUAGUGUCAUGUGACGGGUGCAAGAGUUUUUUCUCCCGGAGUCAGAGUCUGCACACAGCCUAUAAAUGUGGUAAUCAGACGUGUACAGUGAACAGAUUGACACGAAACCAGUGUCAGUACUGCAGAUGGAUUAAAUGUCUCGCUGUCGGCAUGUCUAAAGAAGCGUGCAAGCUCGGAAGACGUUCCAAAAAACUUAAAGCAGACAUGAAGAAGAAGAGUCUCCUGUUAAAAGAGGUGGAACAAAAUUCAGAGCAAGCCAACAACAUUGUUCCAGAGGAGCUGGCUACAUCUAAACGAAUUAGGUUAAAUGAGACCGACGUCAACGCGACAAGCGCUAGCAAUAACGUGACACAACAAGUCUCAGAAAACGAAAAACCUGGCAAAUUGAAGAUAGAUACCAGUAUGGGGAAAACAAAUCAUGUUGACAACCACCACGUCCAGUGUGACCAAGAUAAAGAUACAUCAUCGACAGAAAACAAUAUUGAUAAAUGCGAUGUAGCAAUGGAAUGGUUCGAUAUUAAGCCUAGCGUCAAUGAGUCAAUACUGGCUAAUAGAAUCCCUACUACCGCGAGUCCAUACGAUCAAAAAGUACAACAAUUGGAGCGACUCACUGUGAAAGAACUUGUUCGCAGAAUGCACCAGACACAGUACAAUACUUUCCAGUCUCGUCACAUUGAAGGCAAGAAUAAAGCUUUGGCAGGACAGCACCAUACCCCGGCUUCGUUGGAGAGGUUAUGGGGAGCAAUUACCUCGUCAUUCACGCACCUUAUUGAAGGUGUUGUUACUUUUGCAAAACGCCUGCCAGGAUUCCGGCAAUUGGAUUUAGAUGAUCGCAUGGUGAUCACUAAGCUAGGUUGUUUCGAGGUAGUGACGUGUUCGCUGAGAAUUAUUCCAUGUCAAUAG